ACCCGAGUCGAAUUUCGCGCACUCCGCUCCUUCCUUACGCACGCUGCGCACAGACGUGGGCCUCUGACGCUAUCGUCGCCUCCGCGCCGACUCCCGCCGGGGCCUCUGCCGGCGACCGUUGAGCGGCCUGUUGAAGUACCUCCCUCAGGACCUCCCCCUCCACUAACCGUUCUUGCGGCGGCGACCCAUGUUGGGGUUCGCGCUCCUGCGGUCGCCGCCGCUGCUGCUCCUGCUGCCGCAGCUCGGACUCGGAAUCGCUGUUUCACGAUCUCAGGCCGGAACCAUGAACUUCGGCGGCAGCAGCAGUGCGCGAUGCUCCCUCCCGGCCGAGGGGAGUCCACAGCAGUGCGUGCAGCUGUCCACGGUGCCGGGAGCCGACCCGCAGCGCAGCAACGAGUUGCUCCUGUUGGCGGCGGCGGCGGCGGAGGGAGCGGAAUGGCGGGAUCUCUCUGGGGACCGGGCGAAGGAGGGGCAGCAACCGCCCACCCAGCAUCACGUUCUCUAUUUCCCCGGGGAUGUGCAGAAUUAUCAUGAAAUUAUGACUCGUCAUCCUGAGAAUUAUCAGUGGGAAAACUGGAGUCUAGAAAAUGUUGCCACCAUUUUAGCCCAUCGGUUCCCCAAUAGUUAUAUUUGGGUGAUAAAGUGUUCCCGAAUGCAUCUGCACAAAUUCAGCUGCUAUGAUAAUUUUGUGAAAAGUAAUAUGUUUGGUGCUCCAGAACACAAUACUGACUUUGGAGCUUUUAAGCACCUUUAUACAUUAUUAGUUAAUGCUUUUAACUUAAGUCAGAACAGUUUGCUAUCAAAGAAGAAUGUGAAAGAUUUGAAUAAGUACUCCAAAGCAUUUCAUAGUAGACCCAGUUCUUCUCAUACUACCAAUGGUUGCCAGGGAGAAAAAGAAAGGACUUGUGAAAAUUUUGAUGAGUCUGGUAUGAGUUUCUAUCCACCAUCACUAAAUAGUGCUUCUUUUACUUUAAUUGGAUUCAGUAAAGGUUGUGUUGUUUUGAAUCAGUUGCUUUUUGAAUUGAAAGAAGCUAAGAAAGACAAGAACAUAGAUGCUUUUAUCAAAAGGAUAAGAACAAUGUACUGGCUGGAUGGUGGUCAUUCUGGAGGAAGCAAUACUUGGAUUACUUAUCCAGAAGUCUUGAAAGAAUUUGCACAAACAGGGAUUAUUGUUCACACCCAUGUAACACCUUACCAAGUACGUGAUCCAAUGAGAUCUUGGAUUGGAAAGGAGCACAAGAAAUUUGUUCAGAUACUUGGAGAUUUUGGUGUGCAGGUGACUAGCCAAAUUCAUUUUGCGAAGGAAGCUCCUUCCAUAGAGAAUCACUUCAGGGUUCAUGAAGUAUUUUAAGACUACAAGAAUAUUCAUGUACUUAUUAAGUG